GAGACGAACAUCUUGGUAUUCGACAUGGGCGGUGGUACCUUUGAUGUGUCUGUACUGGCCAUCCAGGACUCCGUUUUUGAGGUCAAAGCGACAGCUGGCGACCCCCAUUUGGGCGGCGAGGACUUCGACAACCGGAUCCUCAGCCACUGCAUUUCCGACUUCCGGAGGAAGUUUGGGGUCGACCCCACUCGCAAUCAGCGGGCACUACGCCGCCUUCGCACGCAAUGUGAGAGGGCGAAGAGGCAGCUCUCAACGCAGACGUCUGUGACCAUCGAAGUGGACUCCCUGCAUGACGGCAACGACUUCAGCCUCCGCCUUUCAAGGGCAAAGUUUGAGGAGUUGUGCAUGGACUACUUCAAGAAGGUCAUGGAGCCCGUUGAGCAGUGCCUGAAGGACAGCAACCUCCCACAGAAGGCGAUCUCGGACAUCGUUAUGGUUGGAGGAUCUACACGCAUCCCGAAGGUCCAAGAGCUCAUCAAAGGACACUUUAGCGGGAAGGAGCUCUGCAAGAGUAUUAACCCCGACGAGGCUGUGGCUUAUGGAGCUGCGGUGCAAGCAGCCAUUGUCUCUGGUCAAGGCCACGAAGAUGUGCAGAACAUGCUCUUGCUGGACGUGGCUCCCCUAUCCCUGGGCAUUGAGACAGCAGGAGGCAUGAUGCAGGUCUUAAUCGAGAGGAACAGCACAGUUCCUACGAGCAAAAGCCAAGACUUCACAACUUUUGAGGACUACCAGGACCACGUGGACAUCUCCGUCUAUGAGGGAGAGCGGGCCAUGGUGAAAGACAACAACUUCCUGGGUAAGUUCACGCUAAAGGACAUCCCAAAGUCCCUGAGGGGAGUUCCGAAGAUCCAGGUGACUUUCACCAUUGACACCAAUGGCAUUCUGCAGGUCAGUGCUGAAGAUGCAAAGUCCCAGAAGAAGAGCGAGAUCCAAAUAGCAAAUGAAAAGGGGCGCCUGUCCCAGAACGACAUCCAGAGGAUGCUCCAGGAGGCAGAGCAGCACAAGGGUGAGGAUGAGAUUUCGCGCGGGGACCUGCUGGCAAAGGAGGAAUUGAAGGUCUACAUGCAGCGCUUCGAGAAGGGGUUCAAGGACAUCGACGAGUCUAAGCUGCUCCCAAAGGAUCGAGAGCGCUUGGAAGGGAAGCUGAGUGAUGCGCAGAAGUGGCUCGAGUCGGAGGGAUUGAAGGCCGGCAAACCGGAGUUUGAGGCCAAGCAGAAAGAGCUUCAGGCAGCGAUCAACACUGUCAUGCUGCGAAUUAACAGGGCCCAGGCCGAGUUUUGGGACCAGCAGGUUGUGCAGCAUGAGGGAGAAAAGAGCAUCGCCGACGGCGGAUUCAUCCUCCAAUGUGGUGUGGACAUCCGGGACUUGUUUGAGGAUCCCCAGUGA